AUGCCUCCUCGCGACGCCAACUGGAUAGAUGGCCUCCGAGGCAUAGCAUCCUUUAUGGUCGUAUGCGGUCACCUAUGUACUGCGUUUGUACCAUGGCUACACCAGCCCGCCGCAGACGCAAAAUCCGCGCCGCACCUCUUCCAACUCCCCUUCUUCCGCCUCGCCGUCGGAGGUCGUAGCGCCGUAGCCCUCUUCUUCCUCGUAACUGGAUACGUCAAUUCGAUUGGGCCGAUUAGCAAGUCGCGCCAGGGAAAUCACGAUGCUGCCUUCCACGGCAUUGCACGAAGUGCGCUCGCGCGCUCAGGAAGGCUGAUUCUCCCCACCAUGGCGGCGACCAUCGUUACCUGGUUCAUGGCGAAUACGAACGCAUACCAUAUGACGAAGCACGUCGAUGCGCAGUGGAUACGGCAGGGUUGGCACCGACAGGAGCCUACGCUGUGGAUGGCUUUCAAGUCGCUGUUCAGGGCGCAAACAGAGACAUGGACAACCGGCUGGGACGAGUACGAUGGCACACAAUGGACACUGCAUAUGUUCUUGGAAGGCGCAUUCAUGGUCUAUACAACCAUGCUUGCUACGGUUUUGGUGCGACCGAAAGCGCGGUUCAUCAUCUACGGCAUCAUGUACAUGUAUUUCUGGCAAGUUGGCAAAGACCUCACAGUUGGCUCCAUCAAGGGUCUCAACAUCGUCACGGGCAUGUUCGUAGCCGAGCUGCACAACCACUACAAGGAUGCCGCCACCUCCGUCCUCCCCGCCCCCAUCCCCGCCAUCAUGAUAAUUUGCGGCAUGUUCAUGGCUGGAUUUCCCCAAGACUCGGCACAGAACACACGCUGGUCGCACACGAUGGCCACCAUCAUGCACAGCCUGACCGCCGAUAAGACGGAUAUCCGAAGAUACUGGGACCACCUGGGAGCCGCGUUUGUCCUGCUGGGAAUCUUCUUUUCGAGGAACGCACGCAAACUCCUUACGUCGCCUGUCUUUAAUUUCCUCGGUCGUGUCAGUUUCCCUGUAUACCUGCUGCACAACACUUUCAUCAAGUCUGUGCUUACCUGGAUGAUCUACCUACCUUCCGCGAUGAACCCGCCAAGGAACGAGAAGGGAGAGCAACAGGACCUUCAACGUGGAUCGACGACGCACAUUCUUAUCGCCAUCGCGGUCUUUUACUACAUCCUAUACCGAACUGCGGCAUUAUGGGUCAAGCACGUCGACCCAGUAUGCGCAAACAUUGUCAACGCAGCGACGAAGUGGGCAUAUGGCGAACCACAACAGAAAGAGGCCCGGCCGAUACUAGGGAACGGGAAUGGAACGACCGACAAGAGUGUUCUUCCUUCAUAA